UUCUUCAGCUACAUCUCUCGAAAGCAGUGGUAGUGAAAAAGCAUCAAUAUUUGUCAAUCCAUCAGUUGUGUUACACGACCAAUUAAGCUGUGCUGCAUCCUUCGCUCUAGUUGAUUUGAUUGCUUCAGUGCUGAGACUUGAUUUCUGCCAGAACAAUGAUCACUUGAACGAUAUUGAGUUUUGCACACAAGCAUUGGAAAAAGUACUCAAGUGUACUGCACUGCCAGAGCGGACGAACGCAACCGUACGACAUCACCUUAUGGGUGAAGGCUCAACAGACGAUAUAGCGACAUUUGUGACUCUUAUCAAGAAGGACCCGAUCAUAGAGCAGAAAGGAGCUUUAGUUAUUCUCGCCUGUCUUUUGUCUAUUUUCAUCGAGUAUGGUUCGUGCAUUUUAUGUUCCACUGAAGUCGCAUCUGCAGUGUAGUGCGAUU